AUGUCGCAACAAUCAGAUUCCUCCUCUCCCAAGAAGUUGUCCCUCGCUGAUGCUCCUAACUCCGUUCCAAGAACUGAACCGGUUAACCCUAAUCAAGUUCUUGAUGUUGCUCCUUUAAGAAUUGUUGGUGUUGAUGAUCUAAAGAUCAAGAAAUCUCGAACACCACAUGCAAGAAGACCCAAGGAAUAUGUUCAAACUAAGGACGCUAAUCCUUCCUUGUCUACUUCUCGUGCAAACUUACCCAAGGAGGGAUCAAAGUAUGUUCAUGAAGCCAUUACCAAAAUUGUUACUCGUAUCUUGGAUGAACAACAUCAGGUCCCUGAGAUAUCCGUUCCUCUACAAACUGUGAUUCCUGAACCUGUUGCUGUAACUAGGGCAAACAUCAUAGGGAAGUCCUCUAAUGAUGAUGAUGUCCAUAUUGUAGAUGAUGACGUACACACUUCUGAUGGUGAUGUACAAAUGAAUGAGGAGGAAGAAAGUGAUGAUGAUGUUCCUAAAGACAAUGAUAAUGAAGAUGUCACUGAGAAUGUCAAUGACAUUGGGAAUAUUGGUGCUGAUGUUGGUACAGGUACUGCUAUAAGAACAUGCAUACAUGUUGUGGAUCUUGAUGACUAUUCUGAUAAUGAUCUGGUAGCUGUUGUGAACCCUGGCAUAGCCAAGAGGCUCAUGACUAGGAAGAAAGGUCUCAUAAAGAGCAGAGAUGUAUCUCAGAGUGUUUCUAUUGGUCCUACCAAAUCUUGGAGCAAAGUUAUUCCCAAGAAAAGGAAGGCUCAAGCUAUUGUUGACUCUGACUCUGAUGUUGAUGUUGAUGCUCAAGACAUUCCACUAAGUAAGAAACUAACAACUAGCAAUCUGGGUGCUAGUGUUCCUGAGGUACCCAUUGAUAAUAUCUCCUUUCAUUAUCCUUCCAGUGUCAAUAGGUGGAAAUAUGUUCACCAUAACAGAUUAGCUUUGGAAAUGGAGUUGGCUCAGAAUGUCCUUGAGAAUAAAGAGAUCAUGGACCUGAUUCAUGAAGCUGGACUAUUGAAAACUGUUGUUCAUUUGCCUACGUGCUAUGAAAUGCUGGUUAAAGAAUCUGAUGAAGCCCAACAUGAGCUGGAAGUGACUGACAACAAAAUAUGUGAGGUUAUCAGUGCUAAGCAGGUGAAAGCCUGGCCCCUGAAAGGAAAACUUUCUGCAAGCAAGCUCAGCAUAAAAUAUGCAAUGCUACACAAGAUUGGAGCUGCUAACUGGGUGCCCACAAACCACCAGUCAACUAUUGCUAAUGUGCUGGGAAAGUUUAUAUAUGAUGUUGGAACCAAGACAAAUACCCCUAAUAUCCUAAGUGAAAGUGAUGUUGUUUGCAAGAGAGAAAUUACUUUAUCAUUUCACUACAAACUGUUUCAAGGAACACAUGUUCCUGACAUUGUCACAACAUCAGCUGGAACAUCCAAAGACAACACACAUACAGGUAAAGCUACUGUGAUAACAAUGCUCAGGGAAACAUGCAAGGAGCUGGAGUCCAGAAAGCUGACUCUUGAAAAGUUAAUCAGCUCUCUUGAUAUGGAAGAAGGUGUUGAUUUUGUUGAGAAUGAAGUAGGUCCUGCAGAAGAUGAAGAAGAAGAAGAGGCCGGUCAAGAUGAUGGAACAUAUGAAUAA